CCCCUUUGUUGUGGGAUUGGCCAGCCGUUCUGGUUUCUCUUCCCAGGAAAAAAAAAUGUAUACUUUCUUGCUUGCCAAACAGGCCCUGUAAUCGGAAAGUUUCCCUCUUUCAAUUCACAUAGCAAAGCAAACUCUGUUGCCAAGUUCAUCGAUUUCACCAGUUUUAGCCUCGAAGAAGAUUCGUACUGGUGGAAUCGGUUGCUCAGGUGCUGGAGUAUCUGAUUCAUCGGUGCAAAUGGCUUCUUUCGAGAUGAAUGACCUGAAAAAGAUUGGACUAGGGUUGACUGGAUUUGGUGUGUUCUUCUCGUUCCUGGGAGUUAUAUUCUUCUUCGACAAAGGGUUUAUUGCCAUGGGGAAUAUACUCUUCUUCGCUGGGGUGACUCUAACCAUCGGUGUCAAGUCAGCGAUGCAACUCUUUACAAAACGCCGAAACUUUAAGGGAACGAUAUCUUUCGGGUUGGGUUUCUUACUAGUGUUGAUAGGAUGGCCUGUCACCGGCAUGCUCCUAGAGACUUACGGGUUCAUCGUGCUUUUCAGCGGUUUCUGGCCGACGCUCGCUGUUUUCCUGCAGAGGAUACCUCUCCUGGGCUGGCUUUUGCAGCAACCAUACAUCAGAGCGAUGCUGGAUCGCUUCAGAGGGAGGCGGGUUCCCGUUUAACUAAAUCUCUCUGUCUGAAUUCUGAUGGCUUGUUUCACAUGUACAUAUAUAUACAUUGUAUAUAACACACUGUAAAUUGUCCAAAUGAGUACAGAGAGAAUUGGGAAAAGGUUGACCAUUUUGAUGCGA